GAAGGCAACAGCUGCGAGCCACGCCCACUCGAGAAGGCAUCGUUGUUGUAAGGAAAGAGCAGGGGACAGCAAUGGCAUAUCACAUCAUGCUAGCUAAACCCCCAAUAGUAGUUUGUUGAUUAUUCGUUGUUUUUGACACUUUUUCUAGUAAAUAGCGUGUGUUUUAGCGUGGACCACAGUGGAAAGACUAGCACACUGGAUGUAAAGGCAAACACAGAGGCGUCUUGUUAUUACUGUUUGUGGCCUGCUUUUAUGGUAGCUUAAGUUAGCUUCAUCUGCUCCCUGGACCUCCCCUGGAAUUACACACCGGAGAAGACACAGCCGUUGUGGGCAAAGAGAUAACGAGAGACAAUGGCCCACCUUGGCAGCUAACUGACCUGAAAGCCACGGCGCUGCUUUCAAGGAUCCAAGUUGUUCCUCGGCUAUGAGAGUGAAUGAAAUCCCAUCCAAAUGGAACUGUACUGGUAUAUAGUGGUCAUCGUGUUCAUCAUCAUCAAGAUCUUCUUCUACGUGUGCUGGUACCGUUCGAGACAGAGACAGCUGGCAGCGUACCUGAGCAACCCCCGCAAUGCCCAGAUAGUCAUCGUGGGAGGGAGGGCCUACCUCCAUCAGAUGUGUGAGAGACAGAGUCAAGCUUCGCUCUGGCCGAGCUGGUACGGCGUGCAGGAGGACCAGUCAGCAGAAGAACCCUCCACAGCGCUGCCGCCUGCUCCAUCCUUCUCCCACCUGGACAUGCCGCCACCGUAUGAUUCAGUCUCUGGAGAGGACGAUCUGAAGCCCCCUCCCUACAGUGAGUGUGCCGACGGCGACGAGCCCGUCGCGCCUCGUCCCUCCCAUGACGCACCUCUCAUCUCUGAAGGAGGGGACUCCAGUGGCGUCAGCGAGGCCCCGCCCCCUUACUCGCAGUCACCCCCGCCCCAGGCCCGCCGACAAGACGGCCCCGAGAGCUGCCCGGAGCCGCACUCCGAGAACAGGCUCGUCUAGUUGAGUUCCCCAAUGCCGGGUUGCCUUUUCCCAAAUACUGCCUUCCUACGGACAAACCUCAGCGAUAGUUGCCAGCCUUGAGACACGAGUGUGCUCCGUGCUUUUUGAAGCCCACUUUUGCCUUUUUCUUUUGUUCCCCUCCCCCCCACCUCUUCUACUUUUUUGAGUCAUCUGAUGAGUUUGAUGAUAAGAGAUGAGCUCAGCCAGCCCGUGUGCCUCACAACUUGCCCAGCAUCCGCCAUGAGCGUGACAGCCCUGACGUCAAUGGAGCUGCAGCACAGGCGGGCAACAUUUAGCCGUUUCUCAGAAUGAAAACACGCUUCCAAGUGUAGCAUUAGUGUAGCGCAUUUCACGCCUCUUCGGAACGUGGUUUGAUGGAAUUAGCAAACACGAGUCCCUUUUUUAGUCACAGUCACGGCCGUCUUUUUGUCACUGCGACACCAAAAUGAAUUGAAAGGACGCUGUAAGUAGAUAAAAGACUCCGAAUUGACACUUAGUUUGCCUUUAUACGCCACCAUGCUGGAUUUGGAAUAGAACAAAGUGAGGAGAGUUGACUUUCAGCUUUAAAGGUCCCGUGUAUGCCAUUCUUCAACCAUUUGAAAUGAGUCGCAAAGGUCCAGCUUUUAUUUUAAGAUGCAUAGUGAAACCUGUUUUUUUCCCAAAGCACGAUCCUCCGGUGAAGUGUUGGUCAUGUACAUGGGGUGCGUUCCUCUAGUUAGGGAGGAGCGUUUUCCUUCAUGACAUCAUGAAAACUCGUUACUUCAAAACCAACCGUUUGAGCGCCUCUAUAAACCACAUUAAGAAGUCCAUUUUGCGUAAUAGAGGACCUUUAAUACGUCAGGCAGGGGUGUCCAAAGUGCGGCCCGGGAUUCAUUUUCGGCCAGCGGCUGUUUUUUGUUGUUUUUUUUAGCGUGUGGCAUGUUCUAAAAAUAGAACUUAACAAGAAAACUAAAAACAAAACAGCAGUAAUAAGGUACAAAUAUUUAGAGAAAUAGUUUUAAUCGAACAAGAAAAACUUGGAAUUUUACAAGAAUAACGUCAUUAUGAGGGAAAACGGCGUCAUUUGACGAGCAUAAAAUUAAGUACGUUUUUUAAAAGUUGCAAUAUGAAAAACAAAACAACGAAUACAUUUGUAAUUUUUGGAAAAUUGGGUUGGGGAAAAAGUCAGAAUUGCAAGAAGAAAGUUGAAAUGGGAAAAACAAAACAGCAAAAAUAAAGCUGUAAAUAUUUAGAGGAAAAAAAGUCGUAUUUCAACGAGGAAAAUAAAGUUGCAAUUUUAUGAGAAUAAGCUUGUAAUAUGUAAUUAUACAUUCAUUGCAUACAGUGUAAAUAUUGUUUUUCAUAGUAUGACAAGCAGCAAACAAAACGAAUAAAGUUGGAAUGUUUGGAAAGUUAGGUUGAGGAAAAAGUCAUAGUUUUAUGGGAAUAAAGUCAGAAUAUUAUAAGAAGAAAAUUGACUAAGCUUAAGAUGCAUCCUUUCAUUUUUCACUCUUUUGCCCUCGCUGGAAAAAGUUUGGACACCCCUGAUGCAAGUUUUCACCAAAACAGCAUUUACCACGUAGGAAUAGCAGACAUUUCUGUAGAAUAUGUUCAGGGCUCAAAAGUAUUUGGAUGAGUAAAGAUUUUCCAUCCAAGUGUUGUGUACAUACAACGCAUCACCGCUUUAAAAAACGGGAGUAUUUGAGACGCCGAUAAGAAUGUCUUAUGAAACGUCUUUUAAAGUAUAAAAUGUUUAGGCACGCACCACUAAUGAACGAUAAUGUAACAGGAUCCAUGAACUACGGAGUCCCCGAGGGGACAUGGAGGGAAUAAAUUAUGGGUAAAAACAAAACAAAAAAAACUAGCUUGCCUCCACAUAGCGAAAAUCUGUGCAAUUGUGGAGGUAAAAAGUGAUACUGUAACUAUAUAAAGGAAAAUGGUCACAUUUGGUCCUAGCUAGUGUUGCUAGAAACACAUCUGUUUGAGUACUGGGACGCGAAAGGAACUGCAUGGAUUGGCCGUAAAGUAUAUCGAAGUCUUUCACUUGUGUGCACGGCUUGUCCUAGAAGUAAACGGUCAUAUAUAUACUGCUCUUAAUUUGAAGUUUCAACGCGAACAUCCGCUCUAAACACGAAAGUAGUGGAAGUACAAUGCUCUUAAACUAAACAGUUUUGCGAGAUCUUUUUAUUUUUUGUCUUUUCUUUUUUUACCCAUCAUUUUUUUGUUCCCCAUGUCCCCUCGGUUAAAGCUGUCGGAAAAUGCUAUAUAUAAGUUUCACUUUCGCUUUGUCUCACCUAACGACGGUGCGUUCAAGGACCGCCAAACAGAAACAGAGAAAACAUCAGUGAAGAAUAAAUAUGUUCAAAUUGUAAGGUGGUAGAUGUCUGCUGUACAUUUUACCUGCUUUCUCACAUAUUUAUAAAUGAUUCUUGUCACUUGGGGUGACAUCCAACAUGGCGGCGUAUGCAGGCAAAUAUCCAGAAAUGGUCCAAUACGUCCGUGCCGACCAGUACAACUCAUUCAUUGUGUUAUUUGUUGUCCAGUGUUUCAUGUCGCUAUCUGUCCAAAGUGAUAACCUUAUAUUUUCAAUGUUGCUGUCAUGAGUACACCAAGGUGUUCCUCUAGAGGGGGCUACCUUGCCAAUGUAUUCACUACAGCUGUCUCCACCCAAUGCAGCGCCCCCUGCAGUUUGAAUCCAUCUAUUGCGUGCUAUUUGCCGGCUGUGAUUUGUGGUGCUGCUGUCCUAACGAGUUCCACCGGCGAGUGUUGCGAAUAUUUUGUCCAUUCUCUGCAUGAAUUGAAGUGGUCAAAGUAUGGUGUAUUGUUUGAGGUUGCGUGCCAACGGUAAACAUUGAAUUAUGAAAUGGUUCAUCAGCAUAGGGGCUUCAUUCCCUCCUUGUCAUAUCUUCCAGGGCUUUUUUUCUUGUUUCAUUUGAUUAUUGCAGAAAGGAAAACACCAAAAAAGUGUUUGCAGCUUUUUAUAAUAUCCCAUAAGUUACCACAGGUGGGUCAGUUCAAUUUGUGUUCUUAUUAUAUCUUAUUACUGUGCUUUAUUAUUAUUAUUAUUUUUAUUUGGUCACCACAUUUCAAACAGAAGAAGGUCCUGAUGGGUUGUUUGGUGUUUUUUUGUGGAGCCUUUACAGUGUAAAUGUAUUUGAUGGCAUCACAGAAUCAAGGGUUUCAAAUAGUUCCGAUGUAAUGAUGACUGUUUUGUAUCGUGACGACAAAUCAUUGAGCAAAAAAUAAUACUAUGAGCGAUGCAACGUGCAAAAUGUAGCUUUGAAUGAGUUCAUUGCAAACACAGCCAGCAUUGGAUUCAUCUAAACAUGACUGUCCUUUUACUGUCCACUUUGGUAACUUCAUGUUCAUU